ACCAGAGACGGACCAACGGGAGAAACAGAUCCGGCUGUCACGGUUUCUCAACGAUAACGGAUUAAAAAACAAAACGGUUGCUGAAAUACUUCAAAAACAUUUACCCGGCAGCUGCUCUCCGUUCGCUUUUAAUAUUUUUCAUACGGAUCCGCGGCGCUCGUCGUGUCCGGCGCUACGCUAUAAACAACAAUAACAAUGGCUUCUGGGUCGCCGUCGUCCUCUCCGGACACUGCGACGGGCUCAGGUACAGACCCAGCCCGGCCCGACACAGGGGAGCCCCUCGGCGGAGCAGGCUCAGACUCCGACUCGGACCUUGGUUUGGGAAAAUUUGAUUGCAGCGCCAUGGAAAUGGGGGACCGACUGGAGGGAGAGGAGCUGGAGAGGGAGUUUGACUCUGCAGCCGACCGCGUACGAGAUCUGGCUCAGACGGCCAGUAGGGACCAGCUGCUGUACCUGUAUGCCCGCUACAAACAGGUCAAAGUGGGAAAGUGCAAUACACCAAAGCCUGGCUUCUUCGACUUUGAAGGGCAAAGAAAAUGGCAAGCCUGGAAGCAGCUUGGAGACAUGGAUGCCGAGCAGGCAAUGCAGGAGUACAUUUCCUGUGUCAACGUGUUGGACCCUGAAGGCAACACAAAAGAAAGACAAGGAACAGAGAGGAGAACAGGCUUCGGAGGAGCAGCAGUCAGCUCUCUAUACCAGGAGGAGAUGAUCAGGGAAGAGGAUAAAAACAUCUUUGACUACUGCAGAGAAAACAACAUCGACCACAUCAGCAAGGCCAUCAGCUCCCAGACAGUGGACGUCAAUACUAAAGACGAAGAGGGUCGGGCUCUCCUCCACUGGGCCUGUGACAGAGGACACAAGGAGCUGGUGUCUGUAUUACUGCAACACAAAGCAGACAUCAACAGUCAGGACAAUGAAGGACAGACGGCGCUACAUUAUGCAUCUGCGUGCGAGUUUGCCGACAUCGUGGAGCUUCUGCUGAAUGCUGGAGCCGACCCGUCCAUCAAAGACAUGGAGGGCUCUCUCCCCGAGGAGGUCACCGAAUCCAGCGCCAUCUCCUCUCUCCUGCGCCAGUACACCGCUCCAAAAGGCUAGAUCACCUUCGCCUACCGACCAGCCCCCCUGUCCUAGUCCCAUCCCCGCUCCACUCAUUUGCCCAGCCUCCCCACCAUCCCUUCCUUCAUCCCCGAAGAGACUCUGUUCAACCCCAGCAGUUAGUAGACCAGGACUGCAGAAGUUUUAUUUGAUUUUAUUUCCAAAUACUUGAGGUGAGUUUGAUUUCAUUGGCUUAGCUUCUUGGAACCAAGGGUGAUAACAUUAGCCCUCCCGUUUGAUAAGAUGCAUGAAAUGAAACGCACUGCAUGUAUUUUCAUUCAUUGAAAUAAUGUAUAUUCACUUUAUCUGCCCAGUAGGGUUGGGUGAUAUGACGAUUACUGUGAGACGAUAGAGGUCUGUCAGCUGGUAGAGACUUUGCUGUACUGAGGUAGCUAUACCUUUAAUUAUCUCUUGUUGUAUAAGACCUUUUCAGGCAAUAUUGCACAUCAAUGAGCAGGACUGCUUAUUGUCAACAUUAGAAUGACUGAUUUGUGCAUCAAUGUGAUGAAGUAUCUGGUUUUGUCAGGUAUUUAAUUCACUGCAGGAACCAAAAACAGACAUUCCCAUCCACUUAUUGUUUCCAUAAACAAAAUAAAAUUCCAGGAAAUUCAUGAUAUCACAAUAUUUAUCAUUAUCGUGAUAUAAAAUUAUGUGUACUGUAAAAGAAGAUUUUCUACAUAUCACCCACUCCUACUGCCCAGGCCUAACAACAAACCAGGCCUUUUAGUCUGGGUCCACCCUCUAUGACAUUUUACAUUAUUGCAGUUUGUUCAUGAUUCGGUUGUGUUACGUUCCGAGGAAUGCUUUAAUCAUUUGACAUAUAUCAUCAUUAAAGUCUUCAACAAA